UUCCCCCCUUUCGUUUACCUCUGGGAAUAUUUCCUGUCCAUGUUUGUUCCUGAGUGAUAGCAUUCUCUUUAAAUGUUGCCAGCCAUGUAAGUAGUCGGGGAGGCUGUGGCAGGGAAAGGGUUAGCAGGCUGGGAGUUCUUAUCUGCAGAUGUUGGAGAGAGGGGAGGUGCCAUGUUGGGGCUGGGCUGGAACUUUCUGCCUCUUCUGUCACAGAUGCAGGAAGACCUACAGUCUUUGUACAGCCGUCAGCUGCUGACUUUAACCCCUUCUAGCUGCACUGGGCUCCUACAGCUGCAGGGAACCCCUCCUGCUCCGCUCACAGAGCUGUCCUCUUUGGCUCCCUGCCUGCACCCCUGGAGGAUCCUGGAUUUCUCCACCCAAGUCAAUUCCACCUCCCUGAACUCUCCAGGUAUUCGUGGUUCUAUGACCGCGCCUCUGCUCCACCCAUCCCUGAGCAGCUCCGGGAUCAGCCCAUCACUGGGAUCGCCCACUCAACUCCACUCGCCCCUUAGUUCACCCAUCAAUGGAAUGGGCCCACCGUUCUCCGUUAUCAGCUCACCUCUGGGCCCAUCAAUGCCCCUCUCCUCUACCCCUGGCCUUGGGUUUGGCACCGGCAGUCCUCAGCUCCAUUCCCCCAUGAACUCGGUAACCAGCUCGGAGGACAUCAAACCACCUCCAGGAAUCAACGGUGUCCUGAAAAUGCCAGCACAUCCCUCCGGCCCCAUGGCAGCCUUCACCAAACACAUCUGCGCCAUCUGUGGGGACAGAUCAUCAGGUAAACACUAUGGAGUCUACAGCUGUGAGGGCUGCAAGGGUUUCUUUAAGAGGACAGUUCGGAAGGACCUCACCUACACCUGCAGGGACAGCAAGGACUGCUUGAUCGACAAGAGACAACGCAAUCGCUGCCAGUACUGCCGCUACCAGAAGUGCCUGGCCAUGGGCAUGAAGCGAGAAGGGAUGGAGCAUCAUCCAUCCCCGACUACAAGAGAUCGCCCGUAUCCGGCGGAUAAAGCGGUGCAGGAGGAGCGUCAGCGGGGAAAGGACAGAAAUGAGAAUGACGUGGAGUGCUCCAGUAGCGCUAACGAAGAUAUGCCCGUGGAAAAGAUCCUGGAGGCGGAACUGGCCGUGGAGCCAAAGACUGAAACCUACAUCGAAGCCAACAUGGGCCUUGCUCCCAACUCUCCCAGCGACCCGGUCACCAACAUUUGCCAAGCUGCAGACAAGCAGCUGUUCACCUUGGUAGAAUGGGCAAAGAGGAUCCCCCAUUUUUCAGAGCUGCCUCUGGAUGACCAAGUAAUACUGCUGAGAGCAGGUUGGAAUGAACUUCUUAUCGCCUCCUUCUCACAUCGGUCAAUAGCUGUUAAAGAUGGGAUCCUUUUGGCCACCGGUCUUCACGUACACCGGAACAGUGCGCACAGUGCAGGUGUAGGAGCCAUCUUUGAUCGUGUCCUGACAGAACUAGUGUCCAAAAUGCGAGACAUGCAGAUGGAUAAGACAGAGCUGGGGUGCCUCCGAGCAAUUGUCCUCUUCAACCCAGACUCUAAAGGUCUCUCAAACCCGUCGGAGGUGGAGGCGCUGCGGGAGAAGGUCUAUGCAUCUUUGGAGGCUUACUGCAAACAUAAAUACCCUGAACAGCCAGGAAGGUUUGCAAAGCUGCUUUUGCGCCUACCGGCCCUCCGUUCGAUCGGCCUGAAAUGUCUGGAACACCUCUUUUUCUUCAAGCUAAUAGGCGACACACCAAUUGACACCUUCUUAAUGGAGAUGCUGGAAGCGCCUCAUCAAAUGACUUAAGAGAAAAGGGGUUUGGUUGUCCAUGUGCCGAGGGUGAUGGACGCAUCAUGUGACGCCCUCAGAGACACUUACAGAAAACGUCCAGGACCCCUAAUGCAGUGUCACAUGUGCGCCUUCAGUCCAUCCACAGAGCUAUAACCGUGCUCUCACAACACAACAGCAAUCAGUGACGGACGUCUGGGAUGCGGAUAAGCUGGGCUCAUCCUUUUUUUUUUUUGUCUCUUUCGAAGACAUGGCUUGGUUGUCGCUGCUGAAGCUUAAUUAAGUUGCUGUUGUUGUUUGGCUUUGGUGGCUCCAAAAAGACCACCAGCAUCUGAAACAUAAAAAAAAAAAAAUCCGCACAGAUCCCUUGGAGGGUGAAUGUAUUUUCUUCUUCUUUUUCGAAAAUAUAAUGUUGUAAAGACAAUGGAAAAGUUUUCUAAUCUGUGUGUUCCCACACGAGAACUGGCUUGUCAUGUUGUGGAGAAGUUUUUGCCGAUCUUCUGAACAAACUAUGAGAAGGUCCUUAUGUCGAUUGGCAUCGGUUUCCACAGGCAGACUAAUAAAACGGGUUGUAUGAGCCCUUAUUCAACGUUAGGCCUUAAUUCUCAAAGAACAAACAUCUCAAAAACAACUCAGUCGAGCUUGCUGUCCCCUCGCAUGCUUAUAUGUUGAGGGACAUAGCAAUUAAAACAGACGUUUUCUCCCUGUGGAAAGAGCAAAGCUAAUUCCACAGCUCGAUUUCCAGAACCAUCUGGGUGGUGAACCAUUAGCUUGUUUUAAGGCUCUAUGGAUCAAGGCACUACAGUUAUUUUGUUUUGAUGUAUUCAAGAAAUUGUAGGAAACCACCAGUUGUGAUUUACUGCCUCUUAAAAAAAAAAAAAAAAUGAUAGGCAAGCCACUUUGGGCUCCUCGGGUAGAUUUCAGGGAUCUUGUUCAUUUUUGUUUUCUAAUCCUGUAUUGCAAUCCUUCACAUCUAGAGAAGGCUUCACUUAACUUCUCUAGUGGCAUAAGGAGCCACAGAGGCAGAAAAUCCUGGUGAUUUUAAAAUGGUUGUUCUUAAAAAACAUAAAAAUGUACAGUACAGAAUAACAAUCGUUUCUAAAAUACAGCAACAGAGGUUUUUUUUAGAGAUUCAUAUCAACCAAAAUUACUUAUUGCAGAGGUUCCGAUUUCUUGUUGUUGGUAAAAGUAAAUCAUCAAAAAAACUAAGCUGAUAACUUUUUUUCUUUUGUAACUGCUGAAUAGAACAUCAGAAUGUGAGGUUUAGGUUUGAGAAGGGCUUAGGUUCAAAAGCUUGCAAUUGACUAUUUUGCCAACAAAAUUGACAUUUCAAGGCCUUCUUAGCAUCUGUCAC